AUGCUCAGCUUGCUGUCUAAAGUGGGUCACUUCUUAUGGAGAAGUGCGGAUGCAGAUGAGAGCUCGGGAAGUAAUUCAGGUAUAUUAGAGUAUCAGAGUUUGAAUGGAGUGGUUACACGGUUUUGUAAUGAGUAUGGACUGAUAAAUGACAACAUUUACUUCACAAAUGAUGAUGUGGUUGGAGGAGAACCAUUAAGCAUUGGACAAAAAGUGAAUGUGGUUUUUAAAGAAGAUAGGACAUCUGGAGGCUUGAGAGCUCUCAUGGUAAAUUGCAUCUCUGAAAGAUGGGAUACAGACAGUCCAAUAGAUACCGUUGUUGAAGACGUAAAAAUAAAAGUUUUAAUUGGCAAUAUUACUUCCUGCAAUAAAGAUGGGGGAGAUAUUAACCAGACAACUUAUUUUUCUACCUGCAAUCUUUGUGAAGGCUAUGUUCCCUAUAAAGGAGACUGGGUAAAAGCAGAGUACUUUGUAAAUCCCUCAACUUGGAACAGUGAAGCUUGUUCUGUAAAGCCAUUAAGAUGUAAAAGGGUAGACAAGGUUUUGGUUUCUGCCUUAUAUGGAAGAAAUGGUGUUCUUGAUGAGAGCAUAUUUUUCACACUGGACUCCAUUAAACUGCCUCAAGGAUACCAACCAAAGCGUCAGGACGUUGUUAACGCUGUAGUCAUAGAAAGCAGCCAAUCAUGCUAUGUUUGGCGGGCUCUGUGUAUGGCACCAGUGAAGAAAAAUGGGAAUAAAGGACAAGAAACUCAUUCUUUGAUUGCAUGUAAGCUGGCAGGUUGGGAAAAAGGAAAUAUAUUCAAGUUUAUAAUGAGAGAAUUAAAAUCAGACUCUCUUGAUAGUUCAUCACCAGCAUCUGUUUCUUCAUUGUUGCCAGUACUAGGAGCAUGCAGUAAUAUAAACAAUCAUUUGGAAGAUCAAGCUGAUGUAUAUGAAGCAGUGAGGCCUGGUCUAAGGCUGACUAAUGGAUUAAGAUCAACAAUGUGCCAUGUACACCCAUUGUUACUAGCAAACUAUCCUAAAAGUGUAAUUGGUGCAACUACUGCUCUAACUUAUGGUGUAUACAAACAUAGGCUUUUAGAGGAAGUUCCAGGAAUGAACAAACUGACUGUAAAUGAAGAAUCUUUAAAGGCUGGAACACUUACCAAUGGAAGUAGUAACCAGGCAACCGACAUUAUGAAAAUACAGCCCAGUAUUGGCAUUAGUGAGUCAAUGGUGAUUACUCCAGGACAGAAGACUUUCAUAACAAUAAAUUGUGAAGCAAUAAAUCCAGGGCGCUGUAAGGAGCUUCUUCUUUUCUGUUUCACGGACUUUGUGAUUGGAAGGUACCUUGAAGCAAAAAUUGAAAGUGAAGAAGAAUCUAUACUGUUACCAUCUACAGUUUACUCUUCUAAUAGAGGUAACCCUAUGCCAGAAUCAGUACUUACCAACAGAAAGACCGUGCCUGCACCACCACAGAAAAGGUCUUCCAGGAGACAACUUCCUAGUUUUCUUCCACUUUAUCCCAUACCAGACAGGCUCAGAAAAUGUGUUGAGCAGAAUAUGGACAUUUUGGCUUUAGAACCUUGUUUAGCAGAGGUUUUGAGCUUGUCUAUUUUUUGCAAGAAAAUGUCGACUUUGAUUUGGCUUGAGGAUGUUCAGAAUGAGAUGGAACUCAAGGCUUUUAGUCUGAGUGGUGUUUGCCUACAGAAAUGUGGAGGAUUUCUUCUCUUGGAAGUGCCAGGACUGGCAGAAGGAAGACCUUCCCUGUUUCCAGGAGACAAAGUUUUGUUAAAAUAUCAAGACUAUACUACUUCUGCGGUACAAUUUGUUGGCAUUGUUGUUGAGAUACACGAGGAAGAACUUACCCUCCGUGUCAACUCAGAAUUUGAGGAAUCUUACGGCUUUGAACCCAUGGAUGUGGAGUUUGUAUUUAGUAGGGUUUCAAGCAGAAGAUGUCAGUUUGCUAUCGAACAAGCAGAAUAUCUUGGACAAAAAGUUCUGUUUCCGGAGAUCUUGGUGUUACAGUCCCCGCAAGUUAUUACUACAGAGAGCUGCAGACCAUCUUGUGCAGACAGAAAAGAAAAGAAUUACAGGAGGAGAAGAGGACCUCUGGAUCGUGUGGGACAAGUCAUGCUGUCGCUCAGCAUAGAGAGUAAAGAGCAUCAAAAUAUACAAACAGGCAAUCAAAAUUCACAAAUAUCAAGAGAGAAAAAUAUAGUUUCUGUGAGUGAUAUGGUGACUGUAGCCACACAGACAAACAAGCCAGGGAAGGAGUCACCUUCUAAAGAGAGGGGAGAAUUCUUCAAUCAUAUACUAAAUGAACACCAGAAGCUUGCUGUAAAAAGAAUCCUGAGUGGAGAGUGUCGACCAAUGCCAUACAUUCUUUUUGGGCCACCAGGAACAGGAAAAACUAUCACAGUCAUUGAAGCUAUUUUACAGAUUUAUUAUACUUUACCAGACAGUCGUGUAUUAGUAUGCGCGCCAUCUAAUAGUGCAGCAGACCUGGUUUGUUUACGUCUUCAUGAAAGUCAGCAAUUGGAACCUGGAAGUAUGGUGAGAGUAAAUGCUUCAAGCAGACAAGAAGAGACCAUAAAUGACACUAUUAAACAGUACUGUGGAGCUGGUGAAGACAUACGUAAGGCUUCUCGCUUUCGAAUUAUAAUAUCCACUUGCAGCAGUGCAGGCAUGUUUUAUCAGAUAGGUCUCCGGGUUGGACACUUCACCCAUGUGUUUGUGGAUGAGAGUGGACAGGCAAGUGAGCCCGAGUGCCUGAUACCGCUGGGCUUAGUAUCAGAAGUGAAUGGCCAGAUUAUUCUUGCAGGAGAUCCAAAGCAGCUUGGGCCAGUUAUAAAGUCUAAUAUUGCUUCGGCUUAUGGAUUAAAUGUGUCCCUUUUGGAGAGGUUGAUGGCUAGACCUUUAUAUAUGAGGGAUGAAAAAACAUAUGGUGCUUGUGGAAAUUACAAUCCUUUGUUGAUUACAAAGCUUUUGAAGAACUACAGGUCCCAUGCUGCUUUGCUUCACCUUCCCUCCAAGUUGUUUUACCACAAAGAAUUGGAAGUUUGUGCAGACCCAGCUGUUGUAAAUAGAUUAUUAAGAUGGGAUAAACUGCCUCAGAAUGGUUUCCCUUUAGUGUUCCAUGGCAUUAGGGGAACCGAAAUGCGUGAGGGAAGCAAUCCAUCCUGGUUCAAUCCUUCUGAAGCUGUUCAGGUCAUGCGAUACUGCUGCAUUCUAGCUAAGCAUGUUACCACCUCAGUUUCUGCAAAAGACAUAGGGGUGAUAACCCCGUACAGAAAGCAGGUCGAAAAAAUUCGAACUCUAUUACGAACUGUUGAUCUUCCUGACAUAAAAGUUGGAUCUGUAGAAGAGUUCCAGGGGCAGGAGUUCCUGGUCAUCAUUAUUUCAAUGGUACGUUCUCGCGAAGAUUCUCUUCAUGAAGAUUCAAGAUAUUUGUUGGGUUUCUUGUCAAAUCCAAAACGAUUUAAUGUUGCAACGACGAGAGCAAAGGCACUGCUAAUUGUGGUUGGAAAUCCACACAUCCUUGUUAAGGAUCCGUGUGUCUGCGCUCUGCUGGAGUAUGGCUUAGUGAAAGGAGCAUACACUGGUUGUAAUUUGCCUCCUGGCCUUGAAUCUCUUCAACAGUAA